CCGCCGCCGCCGCCGCUCGCCGUCCGCGCCGCAGUGCGAAGGGGCGAAGAUGGCCGGCUGGCAGAGCUACGUGGACAACCUCAUGUGCGACGGCUGCUGCCAGGAGGCCGCCAUCGUCGGCUACUGCGACGCCAAAUACGUCUGGGCGGCCACGGCCGGGGGCGUCUUCCAGAGCAUCACGCCGCUGGAGAUCGACGUGGUCGUCGGGAAGGACCGGGAAGGGUUCUUCACCAACGGCCUGACCCUGGGCGCCAAGAAGUGCUCGGUGAUCCGGGACAGCCUGUACGUGGACGGCGACUGCACCAUGGACAUCCGGACCAAGAGCCAGGGCGGCGAGCCCACCUACAACGUGGCCGUGGGCCGGGCGGGCCGAGUCUUGGUCUUUGUAAUGGGAAAAGAAGGGGUCCACGGAGGCGGAUUGAAUAAGAAGGCAUACUCAAUGGCAAAGUACUUGAGAGACUCUGGGUUCUAGCUGCUAGGCAGACUGUGAAGUAUUAGGGGAAAUUGCUCUUACACUUUCCUAGCUGUGAGCUUAAGUCUUAUUCUGGAAAUGUUAUUAGCAAUGCAGGGUGAUGGGGUAUAAACCUGUGUCUCCUUUGUAUCCCUCUGUCGGUGGGGAAAGGCGUCUUUCUUUAUGCUCCCCCCCUCCCCCCCACGCCCGCCCCCCCUUGGUAAUUCUGUUCACUUCUGUUUUGUUUCCUUGUGUGCUCCAGCAUUGGUUAUAGUCAUGGGAAAGGAAGGUGUCCGCGGGAGGCACACAUAACAAGAAAGCGUGUGAACUGCUUUAUUCCCGAGGCGGCCUCGUGUGUGAGCGGCCUCUCCCCGUCCACCUAGCAGAAGCCAUCACCACCCCAGCUAUGGUCACACUGCUACCACACUAGGCUUGGUGGCUAGUUUUUCUUUCCCUGUUUUCUAAGGUCAUGAUUCCUGUUUGCCCAAUGGAUCAUUUGUAUGUUAACCACUGUUUGUAACCAACCCUUAUCUGGCAACAUAAUUGCAGCACAAUAAUGAUUUGCAUGAUACCUUGAAAUUGGGGGGAGGGGGCAUGCCAAGUUGGGCAUCACUUUGUCUUAGCAAUUAAUGGGAUAUUGAUUACUAAAAUAAGUUAAUAUUAAGCAAGGUGCCGGUUGUACAAUCUCUAAUUUGAUCGACGUCUUGUCCGCACUUUGAGCAUUUACUUGGCUCAUUUAGUCUUCCUUUUGUAAGGCAUGGUUGGGAGGAAAACGUGCAUGCAUCUUUCCGUCACUCCUUCCUCUUCUCUCAGCCCCUCCCUUCGCAAUAAGGUAUUUGGUUUGCUUCCAUCCUCUUCUGUGCAGUGCCUGGUUUAUUUAGCCAAUUAAUGCCCCUUUUGUUGAUGAGUGAGAGCUGCAGUAUUUGCUUUUAGUGUUGUGGGUGCACUUGAGACAGUCACUCUGUAGUGUCACAGGAGGUGACACAGGAAGAGCACAACUGCAAAACAAGAGCAAAAGGCACUUCCUCCCAUGACCUUAUAGUAACCAUAGCGACUGAAUCCCCAUCAUUUUGAACUCCAUCUUUGCAAUAGCUCAGAUUUGUGUUCCUGUCUUCUGCUUUGCACACCAGCUCCACUCUUUAGUGACAUUGAGCAAGGUUGCCAUUAUGGAAUUAGGUACCCCACAUAACCAUCUGGAGUGCGUCCGGUUCGUUCCUCAUAGGACCAAUCUUUAUUUGCCGCUUUGGUUUUUAUAUGAAGUUGCAUUAUUGUGGAUUGGCUGUCUUGUGAUGAUUUUUUUUCAUAAUGUACUGUGUGCCAUACUAUUGUUCAAAUGAACUGUCGCUAUUGUGAGAUGGAUUUUAACUGACCUAUUAAAGGGUUUCUUUCGAAUGGCACUACCUUAGGGAUAUUCUAGUAACUGCUUCUAUUGUUUGGGCCUUGUGGAUAAUGUACAGAUUUAAAAACAGAUCUUGUUGCUGGUUUGUCCAUUUCUUUCCCUGCACUUUGUUACAUCUGGGAUACAGUCUAACUCAUCUGAUUUAAUAUGCAUUUAAAAAAAUGCCAUAACUAUUAAACACCUUGUUUACAGACAGAUGAAAUAAAUUUAUUCCAACCAAA